AUGAAAGCGUCGGUCUUAAUUUGCUGGAUGCUAGUCUUCAGAUCGAUAUUGGCUGCUUCUUUCGUGCACGCGGACGAUCAACAACCGGGCGACGAUGAAGCGAGCCGAAACUUGGAAGGAAUCGUGGUCGAACGGUCUACCGCGAGAUCCUUUCUUCCCCCGUUCGGAGACAGGCCGAACGACGACGACAAGGACGAGACGUUCCCGACGAGACACGCGAAACACCGGAAACGACGUCGUUGCAAAAACCGAUCGAGCUGUUCCCGAGGGUCCCUCGGGGCAAGAUUGUCACCGCCGCGGCGCAACGACACGAAGGACGAUCGAGACGUCGCGAACGCGGUGUCGGAAGUCGAGGAAGAGCCGCGGGAACGACCGAUCCAUGGAACGAGCGAUCGCGCGCAGGGGUUGUACAAUGAGACCAAGGGGGAGGAAGAUUACGAUGUUAAGGACAACGAAGAGAAGGAUGAGACCGAGGUCGAAGACGCGAACACGCCCUCCUGGAUGGACGUUCGAUCGAGGAAGCAAGAGUUCGACGAGAACGACGAUUACGCGGACAUGGCGCGCCCCUCGGCCAUUUACACGGCUAUCGACGACCAAGUGACGUUCCACGAGAGCCUGGGCGUUCUGUUGAGCAAGCUGUUUCAAAGCCUGCGGAACGCUUCCGUCGCGAACGGCCGGGACAUUCUCAAGGAGCUGAAUUUCGUGAACGCGACGAACGAGGACCCCUGCCAGAAGUGGCUGAACAGCAAGGACAAGCUCGAGAAGGUUUUCUUAGGUGGCCUGGCUUCGUUGCCCGCCUGUCCGUGCCAAUACCCGAGCAACAUCUUUUACGACGACAAAAUUUGGGACGAGAGGCAGAAGCGGUAUUUCAGGUGGCGCGACGUGAGCGGCGAUUCACAAAGGCUCGACGUCUACAAACCGGGAGCCGCUUACUGCGUGCGCUCGUUGCUGAUGCAAGGAAGCGGAAGCGUGGCCGCGCAGCACUGCUGCUAUGACCGCAGGAGGAAACUCGUGACCCGCGGUUCCGGUGCAGGGACACCGAACUUCGUCAGCCCGGAGAUAUCGGCCAUAUUGCACGAGAGGAUCGACGUGCUACCGUGGAGACUGUGCAAGGGAGACUUUUCCAGGUACAACGGAGUGAGACCGCCAAACAAUGAUAACGGCUGCGAGGCGAAUCCCGACAACGAGGAGUACCAGCGGCAGAUAGACGAUACCAAGCACUAUUAG